GAUGCCUUGUCCGAUACUUCUACUUUUGAUUUCUUCAAAAAUUGUAAUGAGUCAAAGAGAGAGAGACCCUUCCCUUCCUAUUCCACUCAAGUCAAGUCAAGUAUAGUGAGAGAGUAGUCUCUUCACUUCACUCUUAAAUUAAAAUCAAUUAAAGAAAAUGCAGAGGAAGAAGACCAACUCUUCUCAUUAUUCUUCUUCUUCAAACCCACUUUCAGAAAUGGAAAUGGAAACGGAGAAUCUUCAUUUCAAACCAGGUUCAACAGUUGAGGUCUGUACUGAAGAAGAUGGCUUUCUCAACGCAUGGUUCCCGGCCACCGUUCUCCGACAACCCACCUCUCCUUUCUCUAACUCUCACAUCAAGAAGAAGACCAAGCGUUAUUCCAAAACUACCCAAAACUCAAAACUCGUCGUUAAAUAUCUCUACAUGCUUGAAGAUGACAACGAUAACCUUCUUGUUGAAAAAGUUGACUCCUUUUUAGUCAGACCAAAUCCUCCUCCUGAUACAGACCCUGAUAAGCCCUUUGAUCUAUACGAAGCCGUUGAUGCUUUCCACGACGAAAUCUGGUGGACUGGAGUCGUCGUUAAUGUCAGAGGUGAUGAUUAUACAGUUCGAUUCAUCUACCCACCUGAUAUUCUUCUAUGUAAAAGGUCUCAGCUCCGACCUCAUUGGGAUUGGGUUGAUCAGAAAUGGGUUCGAGGCAAAAAGCAGGAACUAAAGUAUUCGAAAUUCAGAUCAGGAACAGCUGUAGAAGUGAAUCUGAAUCCUGAAAAUGUAAUCCCUGCAUGGAUGCCAGCAAUUGUGAUUGGGGAAAUUGAUGGUAAAACUUCUGUUGGGGUAAAGUGUAAGAAGAAUAUUAAAGAUCGUGAUGAGGGCGUUUUCGAAGUAGAUCGGGAGAUGAUUCGACCCCAACCUCCAGAAACGAGUGAUGUUGAUAAAGUUUUUGAGGUGUUGGAUAAGGUGGAUGCUCUUUGUGAUUUGGGUUGGUCAGUUGGAGUAGUCACUAAAACUCUUCUAAUCAGAAAGUACAUUGUUAAAUUCGAUCAUGGGAGGAAGUUCACGACGGAGAUGAUGUUUGAUCGCACUGAACUGCGUUAUCACUUGGAUUGGAUUGAUGGGAAAUGGGUUGACAAAUCAAAGGAGAACUUAAUUACACCGGAGAAUCGAAAAAUAUCAACAUGUGAUGAAGGUAGAAGUAUUGGUUUACCAACCUUAAAUGGAAGUAGUUGGGGUAGUGUUACUGAAAAAGUAACAUCAUGUACAACAAACAUGGAUGAAGAUCAAAUAUCUCCUUGUAUUGUUAAUUCAUCAACAUUUGAACUUGAAAAGCUUCAACUUUCAACUGCAGCUAAAGCUAAGGCUUCUAGUACACAGAAAGAUGACAAUAAGUUUACUAAGUCGAACCAAGUAGAAGAAAAUGAUGAUUCGGGUAGGUUAAGUGAGCCUCAAGGAGCACCAGUCCUUGUGAACAUGGGCAGCGCGUCUUCUUUGCAGGACGGGGAUCAAAAUAAUAUGAACCUGAAGCACCAGUCUCCUAACAAUGAUAUUGCUAUAUCGAACCAAGUAGAGGAACUUGACAAUUUGGGCAGGUUAGCGGAGGAGACUCAAGGGACACCAGUCUUGGAGAACACUGGUGGCCCGAAUUCUUCUUUUAAGGAGGGGGAUCAAAAUGAUGUGAAUAUGAAGCACCUGUCUCCUGACAAUGAUAUUGCUAAGUCAAACCUAAUAGAAGAAAUUGACAAUUCGGGUAGGUUAGUGGAGCCUCAAGAAGCAUCACCAGCCUCAAGAAGCACCAAUCUCGAAACACCAGUCUUUGAGAACACCGGCGACUUGACUUCUUCUUACAAGGAGGGGGAUCAAAUUGAUUUGAAUAUGCAACACCAGUCUCCUGACAAUGAUAUUGCCAAAUCGAACCAUAUAGAAGAACUUGACAAUUCAGGCAGGUUAGCAGAGCCUCAAGGAGCACCAGUCUUCGAGAACACCGGUAGUGCGGCCUCCUUUCAGGAGGAUCAAAAUGAUAUAAAUAUGAAGAACCUGUCUCCUGACAAUCACAUUGCUAAAUCAAACCAAAUGGAAGAACUUGACAAUUCAGGCACGUUAGCGAAGCCUCAAGAAUCACCAGUCUUCGAGAACACCAGCAGUGCGGCCUCUUCUCAGAUGAAGAACUUGUCUCCUGACGAUGAUAUUGCUAAAUCAAACCAAAUGCAAGAACUUGACAAUUCGGGCAUGUUAGUGGAGCCUCAAGAAGCACGAGUCAUCGAGAACGCCAGCAGCGCAACCUCUUUUCAGGAGGGUGAUCAAAAUAACAUUGGAGCCAUUUGUGAAAUAGACAGAAAUCGAAAACAACAUGAGGUUAGCAAUGUACAAGGAAGUCCUCAAAAUCUUCCCAUUGUGAGAAGAUCUGCAAUCUGGGAAUUUGUGGAUUCAUUAGAAGUGUUCAAGAAAUUGCCACAGAAUCCUCAAUUUCAGUUUUUGGCAGCUAAAAAUGAAAUUGAGCUUGAAGUAAUAGCUUUGACUAAUAAGGUAAAAUUUGCAUAUGUAAUUGACAUGAUCUCGAAAUUGCAUGAAGAAUCUACUACAACAGAUACUGUUGAUUCCAUAAUAAAGCAAUUGAACAAAUUGCAAAAUAUGGGAUUUGAUGUGGAGUUACUAAAGAAUUAUCUUAGUGAGUUUAAAAGACUCAAACUUGAGUUAGUAGAUGUUAAAACCCAACUCAUGGAACAUAUUGGCUAUUAUAACUAAUCACUAAUGAGAACCAAACCAAGUCAUUUUGAUUUUCAUUCCUUGGUGACCGAUCAUGGGCUAUUAUGUGUUUUGUUUUAAGUGCCAAGGAUGAAUAUGUAAUUAUGUGUUUAUAAAAACUUGUUUAUAUCAUAGGGUGUUUUGUCUUUGUAAUAUUGUAAUUGGCCAGUCAAUUAUUAGACUUCUUGUAAGUAAAUUAGCAAGUUUAUAAUGUAUGUUAAAUUAUGCUUCUAAUUAA